AACUUUUAGAGCAUCAAGCGCUAACAUAGGACCUGGGCUUCUAUGGGACUUCUGAAUUCUUUGUCACAUGGCAGUACACGUUUGUUUAAAGCUUGCUUACAUUCCGGCUUGUUAAACUUUUAUCAUAUAUCUAACAAUAAUGGUUAAGAAAGCUGUAAAACGAAAGAGGAAAGAAGCCGAGAAAGAGGAUGAGGCAAAAACAGGAGAAUAUUAUAUACCACCCAGUAAGAGAAUGUCCGAUGAGCCAAUUCCGCGAAAGGAUAAAUGGGUGAAUAAACAACGUGUACUAGUAUUGGGUUCUAGAGGAAUUAGUCACAGAGAUCGGCACCUUAUGAAUGACAUUAAAACGCUUAUGCCACACCAUCGCCCUGAAAACAAAAUGGAGAGAUCUAAAACUCUUCAAGUAUUAAAUGAAAUUUGUGAAAUGAAGAACUGCAAUAAAGCACUCCUGUUUGAAGGUCGUAGGAAGAGGGAUCUUUAUUUGUGGUUAUCGCAUGUUCCAACUGGGCCAUCUGCUAAAUUUCUUGUUCAAAGCAUUUACACAAUGGGAGAGCUAAAAUUAACAGGAAAUUGUUUGAAAGGAUCUCGGCCUUUAUUAUCUUUUGAUGAAAAUUUCAGUACAAAACCACAUUAUGCUCUGUUGAAGGAAAUGUUAACCCAGACAUUUGGUGUUCCUAAUCAUCAUCCGAAGAGUCAACCUUUUUUUGAUCAUGUUUACUCAUUUACCGUCCUUGACAAUCGAAUAUGGUUUAGAAAUUUCCAAAUUCUGACAGAAGAUGGUGGUUUAACUGAAAUUGGACCCAGAUUUGUUUUAAAUCCGGUGAAAAUUUUUGCUGAAAGUUUUGGUGGUGAAACGCUUUGGGAAAAUCCUCAUUACGUCUCUCCUGCUAAGUUUCGACAAUCAUUCAAGAAAAAAGCUGGAAGUAAAUACUUGAAUAGAAUUGAACAGAAGGUGGCUCGUAAAUCUAAUAAACCAGAACAAUCAUAUGCAUUAAAUCCAAUGGAUGAAAUAUUCAAAGGAGAAAUUUCAGAAACGGCAGAAGAAAUUCAAAAAGUAGAGUCUGAAAAUCGAAAUUCUAGUAAACCCAAGAAAAUGAAAAUUAAGAAACAAUUAGGAAAAAAGAAGAAACCUAUUCUCAAAAAAAGAGUAAAGAGCUAAGUUAAUUUUAGCUAAUGUCUGUAUUCAUUCAAAUUAAGAAUAAAAAGAUAGUCAGAUGGAA